AUGAAGGAAGAUAUAGCUGAAAAGUUGCAAAAAGAAAGAGAAAUAUAGUUAAAAAUUUAGGCUCCUUUGUAGCCCAUAACAGAAGUCGAUCCUGAUAAAGAAUGGGAAAAGCUUAUGAGAAAAAUGUCAUAUAAAAUGCCAUAAACAUUUAAAUAUUCGUUUGUCUUAUUUUUAAGUCUUGGUUUUAUUGUAGCAGUUGGUGCUAAAAAAGCAAGUAGAUUUUUUUUAUAUCCAAUGAUAGGCACUCCUGUUUUAGGAUUGGGCUUAUGCUACAAUGAUUUUUACAAGAUGUAUGAUAUAAAAUUUAAUAUGUAAAAGAGGAAAGAUUGA